UUCCCAAGUGAUCAAUACUUUAGUUUUGUGCAGUUUUGUGAAGUUUUCCCGUAUUCUGCUACACCAUUUUCCGUUGCUGCCCCUUACAUCCCGAUAAAUGAGAAAGAUAGAAACAUGGAUAGUUACGAAAAAUUAAUAGUCACGCCAAUUUGCAUAGUGAGCCUGGUUUUGUGCAUGUUGAAUUUUUACGUAAAUUACAUGACGGCAAAUAUGCGAUUAAGAAAAUGCUUGAGUAAUCAUUACGUCCUUAACAUGGCACUGUAUUAUUUGGUAUUGAUGAUCUGGGUGAACAAUAAACCGACAAACGAACGGGAAGAUACUAUUGGAAAGCCAUGCAACGAAAACGCGACUUACUUUUCUGUUUCGUUGUUUGAGAGAGCCUGCUUGAGCUUGCGGUACUCCGCUGAAUAUUUGUUGACCUUGACUUGCCACUGGAUAUUCUGCGCAUUGAUGCUAUUGUACGAUGUAGUACUCGAUGUUUUCGCAGUGAACCCUAUGAGAUGGAUGAUAUUUGUCGCUCUUGGCUACGUACUACUCAUUAUACCUACCAUGUGUUACGUGCAACAAACAACUUGCGAUCUGACAAGCUGCUGGAACACCCGGCUAUAUACGACGAUUAUGUCGUGGAGAAUGAUUAUUCUGUACACAUUGGCGUGUAUUGCAAUACUUAUCCAUCUGGCGUUCUUGCUAAUGCUACAUAAACCCCUGGCUACGAGUGGCCCUAAACCACCAGUUCUGAAGCGGUUCCUCCUGUUCUUGAUAAGUGGCAUAAUGUUCGGAACAAUGUGUACACUACACGUUGUUUUCCUGACAACGGACAUAAUCUCAGCAGAGGUUUAUGAGAGCCUCUUCGCACUCACAUCAACGGUUUCGCAUUUCGGAUGGGUUGUUUUCACGACCUGGCAAUUGAAAGUCAUUCCUAGUAUAUUUGCACAACUAGGCCGGUUCGUUGCAAGAAUCCGCGGCCAGGAACCUGCGCAAUUCCAAGGGCUGCCUCCUAAACGCUCCAGGGCAUCAUACCGACGACGACAACAACGCAGGGCGAAACGUACAACCUCCGUCUAAAUUGGAAAAUUAAACCGACCUGGCAACUCUCGACUGGAUUAGAAAAGUGUAUACGAUUCGAAAUUUGAGUUGUUUUUUUCCAU